CGCGGCGUCCCCCGCGGAACUACAACUCCCAGCCUGCCCCGCACCGUCCCUAUGGCGACGGGCAGCCGGGCCCGGCCGGCCGGGAGCGAUGCCCAAGGCCGGCGACACGCUGUGGGACCUGGCGCUGGCUGAGGUGGAGAAGAGAGAAAGCCCCGACGGCGAUGGCAAACGCGUGGAAGUGUGGGAGAAGUCGGUGCUGUUUGUGGGGAGCAAAAGUGGGGGAAAGACCACUAUUAUACUGAGGUGUCUUGAGAGGGAAGAGAUUCCAAAGCCAACAUUAGCUUUGGAGUAUACCUUUGGAAGAAGGGCAAGGAGACACAAUGCACCCAAAGAUAUAGCUCACUUCUGGGAACUAGGUGGUGGAACAUCAUUAAAAGAACUGAUUCGAAUACCAAUCACUGGCAACAACAUACGGUCGUUUGCUGUAGUUCUUGUAUUGGAUCUGUCCAAACCGAAUGAACUCUGGACUACCAUGGAGAAUCUUCUGCAGGCCAUCAGGGACCAUGUGAAUAAAAUUUUAGUCAAACUGGAAAAGACAAAUCCUGAAGUAGCUACUGAAAUGAAACAGAGGAUGAGGAACAGUCUGCAGAAGGAUCAUCCAGAUUAUGAAUUGGUUGACCCUUUUCCAAUACCCAUGGUGAUUAUUGGAAGCAAAUAUGAUAUUUUUCAUGAGUUUGACUCUGAAAUGAGGAAAACAGUAAGCAAGACACUUCGAUUUAUUUCACAUUAUUAUGGAGCUUCAUUGGUGUUUACCAGUAAAUCUGAGGCUCUGCAGCUCAAAGCCCGUGUUCUUAUUAAUCAUUUGGCAUUUGGCUAUGAGAGAAGCAAGUCUGUAUCAGUGGAUCACAGCAAACCUCUAUUUAUACCAGCAGGCCUGGAUUCCCUGAGCCAAAUAGGACCACCACCCACCUCUGAUAGCGAUAUUGGAAAGAUGCGUGCAAGCACACCUUUGGAACUGUGGAAAAAAGUAUUUGAGAAGACCUUUCCUCCCAAGGGUUUCUAUGAUUUGCAAGUUACCAAAGACCCCGGACAGGAUUCACAGUAUGCAGAGCAUGAAGUUGAUGUAAUGAGAGCUCAGAAAAACCAGGUGUGUUGUUGUUGUUCAAUUGCUCUUCACAGUCAGGUAUUCCAGAGACAGAAGCGUUGCCAAAGUAAUUGUGGAAUAUACAUGUUAUCGCUCUUUUGCCAUUAAAUAAUUUCAACUUUUCUUCAAGGACUCUUCAGCUUGGAUAUGUUGUGUGUUUUGUUGCUGUUGUUGGUAGCCGUGUAGUGGGUAGAGAAUUGUUAAAUCUCUAAAGUUUUAGCUCUUGUGGUUUCUUUGGAAGUGAAUAAUUUAAACUUCCCCUCUAGCUCUCCUCCAGAAUUAUUUCACUAGAACAAUUUUGAAACAAUGCAGUGAAACUUUCUUGGCAGUAAUUUAUUCAUUUCUGCACCCUGUGCUCUCAUUU